CCGGGGAUGGCCCCCAACACAAGCGCGAAAGGCGGGAUCUCGGCAGCAACGAGGCAUAUGAUAUGAGAGGAAAAGAAAAAAAAAACGAAAAAAGAAAAAGAAAAAAAAACACAAAAUAAGAAAAAAGGAAAAGAAAAGAAAACCGCUGGGGCAAUUGGCGCAAUUUCUGUAUGUCGCCCUCUGUCCUCUCUCUCUCUCUCCCUCUGUCUGUGUCUCUCCCACACACACACCCACACACACUCCUCUCCUUGGUCGAGCCAACACGGUGUCUCUAUUUAGAACGGCCCCGGUACACGAAGGUGGUGUAAGUGUGCGUUGGCGCGCUCUGACUGCUCCCGCAUCUCUUCCUUGACUCGACGGGAUCGCGACGGAAGCUGGGAGUAUCCCGGCCGUACGGUAUCGCCAGAAGCUUCUUGGAGAACGCGGGACACGUCGGAGCAGAGAGAGAGACACGAAGAAGACGAAGACGAUCCGCCAUCGCCAAGCUCACCGUUGAAGCUCGAUAGAGAUGGCGGCCGUCGCAGCUGUUGCAACGUCGAAGUUCGACCGCCUCAAGGCUGAGGCGGCUCGGCUUGCGGACCAGAUGAGUGAGACCGCAGCACCUGUGGAAUGGGAUAAAAUCAAGGCCCCAACAAGUGAAGUCGUGGUUCCGUAUGACUUUCUCGAGGAGGUUUCUGAUGAGGAGGCGAAGUCGCUUCUCUCCAAACUGGCUGUGUUGAAGCUGAAUGGAGGUCUCGGUACAACGAUGGGAUGCACUGGCCCCAAGUCUGUCAUUGUCGUCCGCAAUGACUUGACGUUCCUGGACUUGAUUGUCAAGCAAAUUGAGGUGCUCAACUCCAAGUACGGUGCUGAUGUGCCCCUGAUCCUUAUGAAUUCUUUCAAUACGCACGAUGACACUGCAGAGAGUCGGUAUCCGCGUGUGGUUGUGGAUGACUUCGUUCCCCUGCCGAACAAGGGAAGAAACGAUAAGGCUGCUUGGUACCCUCCUGGCCACUUCGAUGUGUUCCCCGCUCUGGUGAACAGCGGUGUGUUGGACAAGCUGAUUGCUGAGGGAAGGGAAAUAUUAUUUAUUUCCAAUGGUGACAAUCUUGGCGCCACUGUGGAUUUGAAAAUCCUGAAGCAUAUGAUCAAGAACAAGAAUGGGUACUGCAUGGAGGUGACCGACAAAACAUUGGCAGAUGUGAAGGGUGGAACUCUCAUUUCGUACGAGGGGAGGGUUCAGCUCUUGGAGAUUGCUCAGGUGCCAGAUGAUAAGGUCGAUGAGUUCAAGUCCAUUAACAAGUUCAAGAUUUUCAACACCAACAACCUGUGGGCGAAUGCUGCCGAGAUUAAGCGGCACGUUGAAGCUGAUGACUUAAAGGUGGAGAUCAUCCCCAACCCCAAGGAAGUUGAUGGAAUCAAGGUCUUGCAGCUUGAGGGAGCCGCGGGAGCUGCCAUCAGGUUCUUUGACAACGCUAUUGGAGUGAACGUGCCACGUUCGAGGUUCCUCCCUGUGAAGGCUUGCUCAGAUUUGCUCUUGGUGCAGUCCGACCUCUACACUCUUGAGGAUGGGACUCUCAUCAGGAAUCCGGCAAGGGAAGAGCCUUCACUGCCUGGAGCAGAACUAGGCCCGGAGUUCAAGAAGGUUGCGGAUUUUUUGAAGCGGUUUAAGUCGAUUCCAAGCAUUGUCGAUUUGCAGAGUCUGAAGGUUGUUGGGAAUGCAUUCUUCGGAGAAAACGUGGUCCUCAAGGGAAAAGUUGUAAUCCAGGCAGAGAAGGGAGAAACACUCAUCAUUCCUGAUGGUGAAGUCAUUGAAAACAAGCUGGUGACCGCCGGUCCCACCUAUGCGGACAUCUGAAGAAGGGAGGGGAUGAGAGCCCCACCUAUACCGACAUCUGAAGAAAGGCAAUUAGACUCCAAACCACGACGUUGAUACAGAGGAGACGCUAGAAGAUCAGUAGAAGCUGUAGUAGUAGAGGAGGAGAGAGAGACGGUGUUGUGGUGGUUGCAUCCGCAGAUGGUUGCAUCUGUGAGGAAGAUGGGCAAUGGGUUUUGAAAUUUCAUUUACUCUUGUCUCAGUGCAUUUUGUCUCUUGCAUGUGUUCAUUUUUUUAAUCUCAUCCUUUCACAAGAGGGUGAUUUAAGUGUUGGGUGAAUCUUUUAUCGAAAUUGAGUGACGAUUCACAUUCUAGGAACAGCGUGUUUUGAAUUUUUUCAUUUUUUUUUCUUCGAUCAGAUGUGGAAGGCAUUUGAAAAAGAUAAUAUCUUUUGGUUGUUGAGAGCAAAGGGGUCCACAGGUGGGUUGUUUAGCCAUUCUUUGCAAAGAUAUAUUUCCCCCUGUUGCCAACACUUACGUCUGGAUUCAUGAUUUUUUUUUGUCUAUGUGAGGGAAAUAUCGUUUUCCAUGAAUAUGUUGCGGUCUGAACACC